UUUGGUUGAAUGCGAGUAUUCUCGAGUCCCCUGACCCUCUUUUUUUGUGUGUUGAUGAAAAUCCUUGCAGUUUUAAAUAACAAAACAACAGAGUUUGUGGAAGGCAUUUUUGGUGGAAUAAACGAUCGUACGUGCGACGUGUCCAUGGAACGGAAGUGUCAAACAAAUAUGGAUUCGAUUCCUCUGGAAAAUCGUGCAACCAAUUACGUCUUAAUUAUCAGCAAUAUAUAUACUCUUUGAUUCUAUCCCCUAUUCCCGGCCUUUAUAUAAGAAUAAGGUAAUAAUCUCCAACACCAUCAACCCAAUAUCAUUAUUAACCAUCACAUCUUUGAUCUCACACCCAAAACAUUCGAAAUAUUGUAGCCAUGGCACUCUCUCGCCUCCUAGUUUCUAUGCUUCUCUCUUCGUUACUAGUAAUAGCCUCUGCUACCAAUUAUGAUCAAUAUCCUCCACAAGGACCAAAAUCAGACUACUCUGACAAUGACAAUUACAAUCCAAAACUGCCCCUCCUCACCAACGAACUAUUACCCACCGAUCAAAUUGCUUUUCAAGGCUUUAUUUCAUGCAAAUUGGGCAUCAAAGACCUCCCACUUAAAGGAGCUUUGGCAAGGAUUACAUGCCUGGUUGAGGAUAAGAAUGGAUACGAGAGAACUUUAUCUACCUUGAGUUGUCCAACUGACGCCACAGGUUUCUUCUUUGCAACGCUUUCGGCUUCAGAGCUUGAAGAAAAGACUAAGCUCACGGCUUGCAAGGCAAUCCUUGAAGAAUCUCCAUUGAAGACUUGUAACUUCCCUACUGAUAUUAACAAUGGAAUUACUGGCUAUCAAGUUAAGCUUGAUUCAUAUCGCUCUCUCCUUGACAAGAACAUGAAGAUUUUCUCUCUUCCCGCUUUCUUCUACACUACCUCUGAACCUAAACCAGACCCUAAUGGUUACUGAGACAUAUACGUUUUUUCAUUGAUCAUGCCCUCGUUUUUCUUUUUCUUUUUAAUAUUCAUUAUAUAGGGCUGGGGAAUUUAAGCAAAGGGAAGGGAAGGAAAUAUGUUUUUGUUGGUCAAUGUUAAUUUUGUUAGUUUCAUUGUGUUGUAUUUUCUGCCAUUUGAGAGAUUGUGUAAUAAGCUCUGCUGAUGCAUUAAUAUUAUUUGUUUGUCAUCUUCGAUGUGCACAUUUGAGCUA